AUGCACCGGAUCGCGGUGCUGGGGCAGGAGCGGGGCUCAGACGCGGACACACGCGUGUCGCCCUCGCUGUCCUUGAACAAGAGAGAGACUCAUCCCGCGCUCCGACGCGCUCGCCGGCGCGAAAGAGACCCCGGGAGGCUAUCAGCGUUGAGCAACGACAGCGGGAAUGCGGACACGCACGAUCGCGGUACAGGAUCGUAA